GCCUGUUAUAACAGAUUUUCUUCAUUUACCAAUUUCUCCCUUGGUGAUAAGUAUGGCAACUUGUCAUUCAUUGACAGUACUAAAUGGUGAAUUAUUGGGUUAUACAUUGGAUGUGAAAAUGUUUGAAUCAAUAGGAUGGGAAUUAGAAGAACCUGAAUCAGAAGAUUUAACAAAGUUUGAAAGAACUCCAUCUCGUAUUGUACAUCCAAAAGUUUAUAAUGAUAAAGAGGUUUCACCUUAUAUUGCAAUUGUGCGACAAUUUCCAUUUGAGUCUUUACUUCAGAGAAUGUCAGUUGUUACUCGAGAAGCUGAAAGUGAUCAUUUUGAUGUUUAUAUUAAAGGAGCUCCAGAAAUGAUUUCAUCACUAUGUAAAGAACAUACUGUUCCCGAAAACUUCAAAGAUGUCUUAGAAUGCUAUACAAGACAAGGUUUUAGAGUUUUGGGUGUAGGAUCCAAAUCAUUAAAUUCAUCUUUAUCUUGGGAUGAAAUAAUGACUAUUCCAAGAGAAGAUCUGGAAUGUGAUUUUAAUUUCCGUGGAUUAUUGAUUCUUCAGAAUCCUCUAAAACCAGAAUCUCUUCCUGCAAUUAAGACUUUGAGAAAUGCAAACAUUAGAACUAUAAUGGUUACAGGGGAUAAUUUAUUAACAGCCAUAACUGUUUCAAGAGAUUGUGGAAUGAUAGAUGAAUUUGAUUCUGUAAUAACUUUGGAAGCAGAGCUAAAAUCAGAUGAAAAUAACUUAAAAAUUUAUUAUUCUUAUGCGAAAUUACCUGGUUUUAGUGAAAAAUUAAAUGUUGGACAAAAUGGAAUGAUUGAAGAAAUGUACAUUCCAUUUCGAAAUGAUGGAAAAUAUCAUCUUGCUAUGGAAGGUUCAACUUUUAAUUUAAUAAGAGAUCAUAGUGAACAGUUACUUCAAAAGAUUGUUCAAAAAGGGACAAUUUUUGCUCGAAUGUUACCAGAACAAAAGUUACAUUUAAUAGAAGCUCUUCAAAAUUUAGAUCAUCAGGUAGGGAUGUGUGGAGAUGGAGCAAAUGAUUGUGGAGCAUUAAAAGCAGCACAUACUGGCGUUUCUUUAUCAGUGGCUGAAGCUUCAGUAGCAUCACCUUUUACAUCCAGGGUACAGAAUAUUCAAUGCAUACCAUUAUUAAUUAGGUGACCACCAUUGAGCACCCAAUGCCUUUGUCAGACUUGGAGCCAUCCGUGAAGAUGUGGAUCCUGUGGGGUGUCAUUUCCCUGAAGAUUAAUUUGAGCAUCGAUAGAAGUUUUUGGGUGGAAUGCAUGCGGACGAGGGAGGUAGUCCAAGCUGUGCUGCUCAAUGUGGUUGGCAAGCAAAGCUGCUUCCGUAUAGACCCCAAUUCCUGUGGUGAUGUUGUCAAAUUCCUGCCUACUGAUUUGGUGAGUUGCCAUCUUGUAAUGAUAAUACUUCCAGACUCUUUCUUUUACUAUAAGAUCAAUGGGGAUGAUGUUAGCGAUGGCAAGUAAGGCAUCAGUUGGUGCGGCUUUGUAGGUUUUCGUGAUGGAGAUUGCAGAAAGUCUCUGGGCCGAUUGCAGUUUUCUUUUGAUGUGGGUUUUCCUCACGGAGUUUCCCCAUAGUUCUGUGCCAUAGAGUAAUAUUGGUUCCACAACUGCAGUGUAUAGGAGUCUAGAAGUCUCACUCCCAUAAUCCCAGCGGUUCCUGGCGAUGGAAUAA